CCUCCGACCCCGCGCGGCCAUGGCGGCUGUCAGGGCCCUGGUGGCUCCCCGGCUGGCGGCGGCGGCGGCCUCUACGUUCGCGCCGCUCCCCGGUCUGCGGCCCCGUGGACCGGCGUCCUACCCGCGCGCGGCCUUCCACGGCUCCGCGCCGCGGCCCGGGCCCAGGGUCGCGCUGGUGCUGUCCGGGUGCGGAGUCUACGACGGGACGGAGCUGCACGAGGCCUCAGCGGUGCUGGUGCAUCUGAGCCGUGGCGGGGCUGAGGUCCAGAUCUUCGCUCCUAACAUCCCUCAGAUGCACGUGAUUGACCACACCAAGGGGCAGCCUUCUGAGAGUGAAACCAGGAAUGUUCUGACUGAGUCGGCAAGGAUCGCCCGUGGCAAGAUCACUGACCUGGCCCAGCUAAGUGCAGCCAAUCACGACGCUGCCAUCUUCCCUGGGGGCUUUGGAGCUGCCAAAAACCUGAGCACGUUUGCUGUGGACGGGAAAGACUGCAAGGUCAACAAGGAUGUGGAGCGCGUGCUGAAGGACUUCCACAAGGCUGGGAAGCCCAUCGGCCUGUGCUGCAUCGCUCCCGUCCUUGCGGCCAGAGUGCUCCGUGGCGUCGAGGUCACCGUGGGCCACGAGCAAGAGGAAGGCGGCAGGUGGCCGUACGCCGGGACCGCAGAAGCCGUCAAAGCCAUGGGCGCCAAGCACUGUGUGAAGGGGGUGACCGAAGCUCAUGUGGACCGGAAGAACAAGGUGGUCAGCACCCCGGCCUUCAUGUGCGAGACGGCGCUCCACCACAUCCACGAUGGCAUCGGGGCCAUGGUGACGGAGGUGCUGGAGCUCGCCAGGAAGUGACAGCGCCAGGCUCCGCUCCGCCUCGCCCGCCAGGCGGGCGCUUUCCUGCCCAGCUUGGAAUAUGGCAGGGAUUCCCUGUUCUGCUCGUAAGACACGCUUGGGGUCGGGUAAAUUCGUGGGAGAGUCUCGUGCGCAACUCAGCUCACUUCCUUCCCAGAGAGGAGGGACGCAGAGCCCACGCCGCGGAGAGGUGGCUGGGGGUCCCCUGCCUGUGGGGUGAAGUAGCGGCUGACUCCUUGUCCAUUCUGAGAGGUAAACUCAGAGUCCGCCUUCGCAGGAAGCCAGCCAGGUAGAAGUGCUACCCUGUAACCUCGGACUUGGCUUGUUUCAGAGUACUUAGUGUUUGGGAGGGGAAAAUAAUUUUAAGUUUAUAAAUCUAAUCAGAAAACUUGAAGCGUGGUUACUGACAAUUAAAGAUUCUCUAAUCUGGACUAAAUGUGUACUAAUGACAAUGUCCCAGGGAUUUCUGCAGCUACAUUUCUGCCGCUACAUGCUGGGUCUGCUGAAAUGGGCAAGUGAGGGAUGUAAGUGAGGUUUCUUGAGUUAGUCUCGGUUCUCUUCAGUUUCAGGAAGAAGGGGGAGCUGCCGAUCCUCCGCCUGGGUGGUGGACCUGCUGGGUGGUAGCUGCCGGGUUGGUCCCAGCCCCGAGCAGCAGCUGACCCGAGGCGGACACGGAGGGAGCAAUGAAUCCUGCGUGUCCCCCUUGUGAGUGUGGUUUUAGAGG